AUGGCAACCGAAGCGGCAAGUGCUCUCUUAGGUCUUUUGCUAGGUGGGAACAAAAGCCAGUCACCGGCUGCUGGUCUUUUCAAAUGGGAUAAAAGACCCGUGAACGAUACCGGCGAUCAAAUUCAGGAAGGAGAUAAGAUCAAGCUGAAGCUAUUUGUGAAGGGCGAAUCGUCUUACAACAGAUUCGGUGGUGUCGAGAGUGAAGAUCCUUACUGGCAUGCUGAGCAGGUUGGCUGUGAACUCGACGAUGGGGCAUACUGGGCCAAAAGUCUCGCCGGUGAUAAGCAGUGGGACAAAGCCGAGGUAUUCAUCGUCAAGAAGAUCAAGAACAGGGCCGCCAACGAACAUGGCUGGGGUUUAAAUAUCAUGCACAAUGGGAAGGAACAACAGCUCGCCAACAAUGGUCACUGGAUCAGCACCUACCAUCAGAAACUCUAUCAUCCGAUAUCUCUCGCCGCGGUCGCCGAAGGCGGCCCUAGGCAAGAAGGACCUUACUUGUACGGGCUGUACUUUGAGUCCAACGUACACGCCGAACUCAGGUCAAAUCCACGCCUCAACGUUAAGGGGGCGGGUAAGUAUUGCAUCUUCAUGAUCAUGAGGGCUGAUCAGCCGGACCCAAACCCAGACGAGAAGAUGUCGGAUAAGCUAGGCGAAGAGCCUCCUCAAAAUACGACUCCGCCUCAGAAGACGUCUGAGCCUCAAAAGACAACGGGCAGCCAGCCAGCGAAUCAACCCCCAGCAACCAAGACCUCAACGGCAGACAAGUUGGCAGGAAAUUAUACACCAGCUGUACCCAACGAGUCAGGAACGGACACGCCAUCAGGAGGGAACGCUGUCCCAGCUCCCCUAAGGACGUUGGUACUGACACACCAGCGCUAA